GGGAGAUGAAUGAGACACGUGGGCUGUGUUCACGUGAUGCAGUGGCAGAUUGCUGAGUAUUCUCCUCCCAGUCUGUCUGUCUCUAUCAUCAAUAAAGCUGCUCUCUGGGACAAGGAAAAACCCUCACUUUUAUACAGUACACAUUCCAUCCUCCCAGUUUGCCUCUCUCUUGACUUUACCAAAGCAGAAGGACUAAAGAAGAGGAGACAACCUGCUCAAGAACAAAACCAGGAAAAGAAGCUUUUGACAGGAAUGGCUUCUGACCCGUCAUCGCCCGCCGUGGAGGAGGGAGUUGAGGAUGAGGAGGAUGACGUGGACAUGAACUUGGAAGAGGCAGAGAAUGGGACUGUUGGGAAAAUGCACAGUCCCCGGGGAACUUUGCUCACUCGUCGUGGGAUUACACUGCGUGUGCUUCUCAAAGACAAACUCAUCCAGCCAGGAGAAGGCCUGCUCACCAUUCACUAUUUAGGAAAGACGUUUGUUGGAGACCUGUUGUCUGACGGGAAGAUUCGAUGGCAAGAAACGAGCCAGAUUUUCAACUCUCCCAGCGCAUGGGCCACACACUGCAAAAAGCUCGUCAAUCCAGCCAAGAAAUCUGGCUGUGGCUGGGCCUCUGUGAAGUACAAGGGACAAAAACUGGACCAAUACAAAACCAUGUGGCUGAGGAAGCAGCAGCCACCACUGCAGGCUGUGGAAAUGAAUUUAGCCAGUGAAGAAGAUGAGGAAAUUCCUGAAGAGGAAGAGCUUGAAAACCACAGCAAAAAGAUCCUGAAGUCAGAUAAUCAGGUCAAGAAAGUGGAGGAAAAAAGCAAGAAGCUACAAGCUAAAAGCUCUCGAGACUCCAGCCUAAUGGACAAUGGACUCAGCAUAAUAAAAGCUCGCAACAAAGACCUAGGCCCUGUUCAGUACUCUGUCAUCGGGAGCAGAGACCCAGGAAGGGAUCCUCAUACGCUUGUUGAACUAACAUCAUUCACCUCUGUGAAUAAAUUCCAGCCGUUUAACGUUGCAAUAUCGAGCAAUGUGCUGCUGCUAGUGGAUUUUCAUUGCCACCUGACCACCAGUGAGGUAGUGGGCUAUCUCGGAGGGAGGUGGGACACAAGCACACAGUUGUUGACAAUCCUCCGAGCUUUUCCAUGUCGAAUACGGCUUUCUGACAAGGACUCUGCUUCUGCAGUCGAAGAAGAGAUUUGCCAGAACCUGUUCCUGCGGGGGCUGUCCUUGGUAGGUUGGUACCAUAGCCACCCGUACACGCCUGCUCUGCCCUCCCUGCAAGACAUCGAUUCGCAGAUGGAAUAUCAACUGAAACUACAGGGAACCACUAACAGUUUCCAGCCCUGUCUAGCACUUAUCUGUGGGCCAUAUCAUCAAGGAAGCACUGACUUGGAAUCCAAAAUUGCUCCGUUCUGGGUUCUGCCUCCCCCAGAGCAAAAACCCAAUGAUUAUGGCAUUCCCAUGGAAGUGGAGAUGACCUACGUGCAGGAUACAUUUCUAACCUCGGACGUCCUACAUGAAAUGAUGCUUUUGUUGGAAUAUUACAAAACAGCUCCAGACAUUGUGAAAUUCAAAGACAAAUGGAAUGAGGACACAACAUAUUUGGAGAAAGUUAAAGGAUCCCUGGCCAAUAAAACACCAAAGGACCAAACCUUUGUCAAAGUUCUGGAACACAUUUAUAACCAGCUGAGUGCCUGCAGUUAGUUAACUUCAUUUGGAUUCGUAGCAUCUGAGAAAUGGAACAAAGCUGGGGAAAAAAAGAAGGAACUGAGGAAGUUGAAUGUGGAAAUUAUUCAGAAGAGAUCAGGGUCAGAUUGGAAUGUGAUUGUUCAGUGUUUCCUGUUUUGAAUAGUCUUUGUGUUAGAGACAAACAAAUUUGCCUCAAAAUGGGGUUGAAUGUUGACACCGAUUUCAGUUCGUAGAAUGUUGGUAUCUAGUUUCACAAUUGAAUGACAGCUAGAAUGCAAAAUGUUAAACAUGGAGACCUUCAGAGACACUACAUUUAAGUAAUGAAUUUAAGAAUGUUUUGUGAAUGAUUUUGUAAAAGCUCACUUCCACGAUAUCUGUGUGUGUUGUGUACUUUCACAGGUUUGUAGAAUGAACUGGUAUCCUGUUGGUGAGUCCAACAAAAAAGACUAGAUCCCUGUUUGGAAGCCUGUCAUGGCAGUGUGGAAAUAGGGAAAUUGGUAAAAAGAAAAUUACAAAGCUGCAGGGAUAUACUGAAAUGGUUUUUGUCACUGAGGGUACAUGUGAUAGGAUGGCUGCAAAAUCUGAAGACGUUCUGCCUUCUUAAAAAGAAUUGUUUACUGGAAAGUUAAGCAUCUACACAGGUUCAACCUGAGAUGCAUUAGUCUGACACAGAAUAGCUGAUGGAGAGUCUCACUUCUUUGUGCCCCUUUGCACACGAAAUGGAGGAAUUAUGAGAAGUACCAGCAAUCUCAUGCUGUUGAGAAUGCCAAUGUACGGAACCCGCCUUAGAGAUUGGAAGCUUUCUAACUCUGCAUGGUCUCAUUUAAUUAUUUGUACUUUCUCCAGUCCAAAUUAGAAUCCAAGUAUCCAUAAAUGCACUUGGAGAAGUGGUGAAUUUAGACCUUGCCUCCUUAUUUUUCCUUUGAUCCUUUGCAGACGGUUUACAUCUUGAUAAUUGGGGUUCACACUCCUUUGCUAGCCAGUUGAGCACUGCUGGCAGUAGAAAUUUUAACAUUGCUCCCUCUCCUUCUACUGCCUAUUGAUUUUUCUUUGUUUUUUGGGAACAACCAGAACGUCACUUCACUGGGACUAUCCAAUUUGGCACAGAAAGAGAAAGGGCUCAAUUAAAACUACAGCACCAACAUGGCUUCCCUUUUCCCAUGAGCAACUGGCGGGGGUCCUAUUAGGUGCUGUGAGUGGUGGGUUUCAGACCAGGAGAUCACAGUUCAGGGAAUUUGAAGUACACGCCUAUGAUUCAUCAGUAUUGACGUUUUCCUGUGUAGUUUUUCCACAAGACUCUCUUUAGGCUAGUUGCAAAGUUAGUAAAAAAAAAAAGUCAUGUCUGAAAAGCUGGGAUCCAUGCUCUUGCCUUAUCUAGUUGCCAAAAUGUAAUGAUAGUAAAUUGAGACUGUCCUAAGCUGACUGUGUUUUAGUGAGUCAGAUUAUAGUGUUGUAGGAUAUUCAGGUCUUUUCUGUUGUGGGCCAUUGGGUGCUCCUUAUUACAAGAAAAAUGAAUAGUAGGUGCUUUAUAAAAUGUAAAUACCUCACGUACAAUAGGAAAGAAAAUGUGUAAGUUUUGCAAAUAUUCAGCAAGUCCUCUUACUGGUAAGUAAAACACUAGUCUGUCAUCUUUUGAAUUUCGAAUUGAAUUAACAGAUUUGCUGUUAUCAGUUGGUCGUAUUGACGCACUGACAUGUGUUCCAGAGAUGAAAAAAACAGGCUCCAUCAGGGUGUAUUGCUGAUCUUGCCCAAGGUUACAAUAAAUUGGCCUCCCCUCAGCUUGAAGUCUGGAUGGUGUGUGUGAGAGAGACAUUCACUGUCGCUUGGAUAAGGCACAAGAGGUUUCCUGGCACAGGAAUAAUGUUUUCCACAGGGAGAGGUGGGACAGGGAGUUAAAGCCCUGGUUACAUCUAAAAUGCUAGCAACCUUAGAUAUUACCACAGUCUUUUUAACAAGACUUUGUGAACCAGUUCAAACAGUCUUUGCGCUGCAAGACAUUCUUAUCUUUUGCGUUCUUGGUUCAGGAACACACUGUAGUCCACCUGUUUAAACUGUGCUGUCUUAACUAUUAAUCUUAAUGAAUCACGACCACACCCCCAACAGUAUUCGUCACAAAGCUACUAAAAACUUACGCGCAAGAGCUGUUGUGGUGUAGUGUUAGUGUCCCUAUCGCUGGACCAACCCCCACUCAGUGCACCACAUGACUGGUGUGUAAUAAGCAAUGGUGCAGGUUUGUGUGUUCCCCCAAAAAUAACCAUAAAUUCCAAAGCCAUAAUGUCUUAUGAAAGUAUAAGCUGACCACUAGAUGACACUGCUGCAUUUAUUUUUUUUUCUGUUCUCUUGUGGUUGCAGUUUCGUCACCUGUGAGGGGGUGAAAGGAAACAAAUUUGCCUGUUCUUCAGCAAUUAUGGUAUCUGUUUGUUUGGAUUGGCCUUCACAGGGCUGGGGUUUCCAAACAUCAAAGGCUUGCUGCAAGCAAGUGAAUAAAUAACCAGUGUCACCAUUGUACCUAGUUAAGCAAGGCCAGGUUAAACAUGCAACUUUGCCUCAAUGGUAAUGCAGCUUUUAAAGGCUGGUUUUCAUCGACAUUCCCUUGCUGCUGGGAAGAAGUUGGCAGAUUUUCAUGAGCAGAUUCAGGGUGCCAGUUGUUUUAGUAAUACAUUUGAUGUUUACUUAUGGACACAAGUCCCUGUCUUGGGGCAAAUCCAUGGUAUAAACACAUGGGGAAAGAGUCCUCCACCUGAGUGAAACUACUUUUGCCAAUAAACUGUUGCUGUUCGGAGUUAGGUUUCCAAUCACUAACCUGCAAAUGCUUAAUGCAGUAUUAUUGAAAUUCCUUUUGAGUUAUCUUAACAUUGGGGAAGUUAACUGGUUAGCACCCAUGACAAAAGAACAUUACAAGCAGGUUUACAGAAGCAGCACCCCUUGUGGCUGAAAUGGCCAAGAAGUCCUUCUACAGAAACCGAUUUAUUUUGUGCGUCACUGCUAGUGCUGUCUCUGUUGUGACUAUUGAUAGUGUUAGAAUCAACAAAACACAGAGAUGGAUUCAAAGCUUUAAACCUUUGAAUAAUGCAAGAUGUUUGAAGGCUUUGCAUCAGAAUGCAUGAUGAGAAAUUUACCCAAUUGUAUGAUGUCUGUAAUUUCAAACCUUUGAUUUUUUUUUCACACGAGCAGUGGACAAGGCCAUAACAACUAGUCUGGCACUGUUAAAAAUGACAUCUAUGAUGCCUGAAAGUUGCAGGAGUGGAUUUAGAGAACAGAAAAAAAAAUUAUUUUAAAUCUACAGAGAAAUGGGCCGCACGGUGGCACAGUGGUUA